UCACCGUUAAAUGUGAUGCCGCCAAUAAUCGAGCAGAAUGUGGUAUUUUCCUGGUUGCUAGCGGACGUCACGCGACCGCCUGGGAGAUGUUGGCCUUGGAGAGCCCAUCAACUGACCGACCGCACUCUCCGAGAACCAGAAGUCUGCAGACCUCAACUGCGCAGAGGUAGCCGCAGUUCCGACCUCAAGAUGGCGGCAGUUUAUUUUGCAAUAUUGGUGUGUUGUUCCAUUGCUUUUUGUGUUGAGGCCGCAGAUCCUAAACCAACAAAUGAGGACAAGAAGGUGGUCUGCUACUACACGAACUGGAGUUACAAGAGGGCGGGACCCUACGCUUUUACUCCGGACAAGAUUGACCCUUUCCUCUGCACCCACAUUAUUUACGCUUUCAUCAAGAUUGGCCAGAAGAACAACCUAAUCUCUUCCGACCCGGAAUUUGACUUCAACCAGCGAGGAUUCGCGAAUGCCACCGCUCUCAAAAAGAAGAACAAAAAUCUGAAAGUGAUGAUCGGUGUGGGAGGCUGGGUCACAGGAACGUUGCCGUUUAUGAGGAUAUCUUCUAAUGAAACAAACAGGAGAGAGUUUGCCAAGAAUGCUGUGCGCUUCAUCAGAGGAUACAUGUUUGACGGUAUCGACCUUAACUGGCAGCAUCCAGGAGUCAAGGAGGGUGGCUCACCCCAGGACAAGGAGAAUUACGUCAAACUGGCUCAGACAUUAAGAGAGGAGUUCGAGGUUGAAGCUGUCCAGAAAAACAAACCCAAACUCCUUCUGUCCAUUUCCAUUGCCCAUCACGAGAAAUUCCUUCCAGGAUACGAUAUUGCAAGCUUUAAUACUUACAUGGACUUCAUCAGUGUGAUUUGCUACGAUUACCACUUCUCUUACGAGUCGGCUGUCAAUCACCACUCCCCCCUCUACUCCCUGGAGGAGGACAGCGACUACAACUACGAUGCCAAAAUCAAUAUCAGAUCAGACAAAAACGUUACAUCUCCAACGGGAGAGAACCAAGGCUACGAAGGUGAUGCCAGAUUUAACAUUAACUACACGAUAAACUACUUCAAAGAACUCGCUGAUCCGGCUAAGCUGGUGUUGGGGAUACCGGUCUACGGACGUACUUACAAGCUAGAGAACACCGAAGAUACGGCCCUGGGCUCUUACGCUGACGGUCCUGGAGACAAGGGACCUGGCACUGGCGAGAAAGGGUUCUUUGCUUAUUUCGAGAUAUGCAAUUUUGUGAAGAACGAAGGCUGGACAGUGAUGCAGACGAAGCCCGGCUCUGCAGGGCCGUAUGCUUACAAGGGCGACCAGUGGGUGUGUUACGAUGACCUUGAUAUGAUACGUAAUAAGGUUGCUUAUGCAAACAAGGAGGGCCUCUCGGGCGUCAUGUUCUGGACUAUUGACUACGACGAUUUCGACGGUAAAUGUCAAGACACAAAGUUCCCUCUAAUAAGAACUGCUAGAGAUGCGCUUUAUUCUACCGACAUGAUGGUAUUUCCUGACGAUGGAUACCAGAAUUCCGUGGAAGACACACCAUCACGCGUGACUCCCACUCCACCCGUUGUACCUAAAUCUGACAAUCGACCUGUGAAGAAACCUUGUAAGCUUGGAAAGCCUCAGCUUGUGCCAAAACCAACCCGUGCGCCAACCCCCCUUGCAGCUCCUAGGACACCCGUGCCACACAGAGACGAGUACCCUGCGGAGUCCGAUGUAAGUGAACCCCAAUCAAACAUUGUUGGUGACCUCAUUCGUCUUAUUCAACGAGCCGGUGGCAUGACUAACUUCUGCAACAUUUUAAAAAACAACAUGGCGACGCAAUCCACUUCUAGUUUUUCCCAAAGGCGAGCCUACAACAACAGGGGGGACAGUGAGAACACCAUAGUGUUCGAGUCACCCAACCUUCCUCCGAUAUUAGUGGCGUUGUCUAACUCUUCAAUCUACAUCAAGGAAAUUAACGUUUUCCAGAAGUCUUAAACCCGAACAUAGUGCUCCGAAUUGUGUGUUUUGUAACAUGUGAUAUCAUAUGUAACAUUAGUCUCUAUGUGUUCACUGAUGCGUGUUAGUUUCAAACGCGUGUCAUAAUUUACCAUGCAUUGCUCAUGUACCGUAGUUUAUAUUGUAGCUUAUUGUAUUUAUUUAUAGUUUUGUAUUCUCAGUGCCCUCCCUGUUUGUAUUAGUAAUAGUUAUAAUUUAAUUUUUGUAAUAGUCUAACAAUUUAUAAUUAGAAAUGGAUUUAAUUAAA